AUGUUACAAGAUGAUGAUAAAGACAUAAAUGACGCUUUUGAUGAUAUCUUAUUCACUGAAGAGCAUAUCAUUGAAGAAUCUUUUAAGGAAGGCUUCAAAGAAGGUGAAACACAAGGAAAUCCAGAAGGUUAUCACCUGGGAUAUCAUCGUGGGGCAGAAAUCGGAGCUGAAUUAGGUUAUUACUAUUCUAAAAUACAACAAUUAGAAUCACUACACCAUAAAAACUGUACUGAAAAGGUGACAAAAUUAUUUCAAAGCUUAAACAGCCAAAUAUCUAAUUUUCCUUCAGAAAAUAUUGAGAUAGAUAUUCUAAAAGAUUUAGAUAGUAUCAGGUUUAGUUAUAAAAAGUUAUGUGCACUACUAAAUGUUAGUUCAAGCUGGCCAGAAGGUGAUAAGUUAAGUUUUUAG